GCGGAGGCGUGCGCGCACGCGCAGCUGAGGCCGGGGCGGGGCCGCAGCACUGCGGUGAAAGCCGAGGCAGCGGGCAGGCGAGCAGGGGUGGGCGGACAUCUUGGGAUCCGGAGAGUGGCCCGGCCGGCCGAGCAGGGGGCCGCGGACGCCAGGUCUGUUCUCAGAGCUAUGGGCCGCAGAGACUGAGCUGCCGCCAUGAUUGGAGGCUUAUUCAUCUAUAAUCACAAGGGGGAGGUGCUCAUCUCCCGGGUCUACCGAGAUGACAUCGGGAGGAAUGCAGUGGACGCCUUUCGGGUCAAUGUUAUCCAUGCCCGGCAGCAGGUGCGCAGCCCUGUCACCAACAUCGCUCGCACCAGCUUCUUCCAUGUUAAGCGGUCCAACAUCUGGCUGGCCGCUGUCACCAAACAGAAUGUCAACGCUGCCAUGGUCUUCGAAUUCCUCUAUAAGAUGUGCGACGUAAUGGCUGCCUACUUCGGCAAGAUCAGUGAGGAAAACAUCAAGAACAAUUUUGUGCUCAUAUAUGAGCUGCUGGAUGAGAUCCUAGACUUCGGCUACCCACAGAACUCUGAGACAGGUGCGCUGAAAACCUUCAUCACCCAGCAGGGCAUCAAGAGCCAGCAUCAGACAAAAGAAGAGCAGUCCCAGAUCACCAGCCAGGUGACCGGGCAGAUCGGCUGGCGACGGGAGGGCAUCAAGUAUCGUCGAAACGAGCUCUUCUUGGAUGUGCUGGAGAGUGUAAACCUGCUCAUGUCCCCGCAGGGGCAAGUGCUGAGCGCCCACGUGUCAGGCCGGGUGGUGAUGAAGAGCUACCUGAGUGGCAUGCCUGAGUGCAAGUUCGGGAUGAAUGACAAGAUCGUCAUUGAGAAGCAGGGCAAAGGCACAGCCGAUGAGACAAGCAAGAGCGGGAAGCAAUCAAUCGCCAUUGAUGACUGCACCUUCCACCAGUGUGUGCGGCUGAGCAAGUUUGACUCUGAACGCAGCAUCAGCUUCAUCCCGCCAGAUGGGGAGUUUGAGCUCAUGAGGUAUCGCACCACCAAGGACAUCAUCCUUCCCUUCCGGGUGAUUCCACUAGUGCGCGAGGUGGGGCGUACCAAACUGGAGGUCAAGGUGGUCAUCAAGUCCAACUUCAAGCCCUCACUGCUGGCCCAGAAGAUUGAGGUGAGGAUUCCGACCCCACUGAACACGAGCGGGGUCCAGGUGAUCUGCAUGAAGGGGAAGGCCAAGUACAAGGCCAGCGAGAACGCCAUCGUGUGGAAGAUCAAGCGCAUGGCAGGCAUGAAGGAAUCGCAGAUCAGUGCAGAGAUUGAGCUGCUGCCCACCAACGACAAGAAGAAAUGGGCUCGACCCCCUAUCUCUAUGAACUUUGAGGUGCCAUUUGCGCCCUCAGGUCUCAAGGUGCGCUACUUGAAGGUGUUCGAACCGAAGCUGAACUACAGCGACCAUGAUGUCAUCAAAUGGGUGCGCUACAUCGGCCGCAGCGGCAUUUAUGAAACCCGCUGCUAGCCGCCUGGUGGCAGCCAGCCCACCUCCUCACCCACCCUCUCCCACAGGGCCGGGUGCCCUCCACCCUGGCCACCACCAUCAGCGUCUCCUCCUUCCUCCUGCUUUGCUGCCCUCCCUUUGCACCAGCCCCUGAGUCUAGGUCUGGACCAAGCACGUCGCAAGUGGGACUGGUGUAGUCCCUGGGCUCCCUGGGCAGGGUGGUUUCUGGGGCUCCUGCUUUUCUAUCCAUCUGUCUGGCCUGGCCUCAUGCCAGGCUCUGAGUUAUGACCAAAGCCAGGUGGGCUUUCUCUCCUCCCCACCCCUGUGGCCACACCUCUGGAGUGGGAGGGUUGGCUGCCCCUCACCUCGGAGCUCUCCCCAAAGGCCAGUAACGGAUCCCCAGCCCUCAAUCCUUGCUCUGCUUUGGGAUCGUGUGAGCUUCGUUUUGUACACGUGUGACUUUGUCCAGUUCUAAACCCAAUAAACUGUAGAGCGGA